CAGAUCUAAACCUGCCCAAAUUGUCGAAGCCGGCGCAGCAGGUUUUACUUCAAAAGUGCACUGCGAUGGAGUCUAUGCCUGUGUUGCAGUUACCGUCUUCAACUAAGACAGGAAAAGCAAACCUCGUGGAUGAAAAUGGGAAAGAACUCGCUAUCAAGCCUAAGAAAAGUCCGACGACACGGCGCAUGCGAUCGCUAUCAGCGGAUCAGUUUUCUGCAUUGCUACUCGGCUUUUCGAGGGCAUUUCGUCUAGACACACCGGGACGCAGCAUGGGAGGUAAGAAUGGGCUUUCUGACACUGUUGGGGAAUCUAGCAGUGUCGCUCGAAGUUUUCGAAAGAGUUUUGAGCAGUUACUGCCAAGUUUUUCAUCCCCAAAGCAGCUGGCUAGUUGCAUCACGUGUUUGCACGAGGCAGGCUGGUGCGCCUCAAAGGGCACCAAGAAGACCUUGCAAGCUGGCUUUUACCAACUUGUAAAGUUUUUAGAAGCCGCUCACGAAGGUUCUCACAUCGAAGGCGCUUCAUCAGGGAACGAUAGGACGAAAAUGGAAGCUGCACCAAGGCACCUUAUGAUCUCCGCGCCAGAUCUGCACCGCUUACUGCGGAUUCUCGGUCACCCGCGACAGCAUCUCUCCUCUCGCAACACUUUUUUUGAGCGGUUGGUCGUGCAUAAUCUCGCACUGAUCAGUUCGUUCUCAACUGCGCAAAUGGUCGAUUUUGCCUGCGACGCACGCGAAUGUCGUGCACUGAACAGCUUCCCGAUGUCCCUAGUGUAUCUGCGAGAACCUGCUCGUCUAUCGCAG